GGGGCUGGCGCAUGGCACCGGAGGGGCGGAGCCAGGAGUCCAGGGCGGGAAAGGGGCCGGCGCCACGCGCACGCGUUCAGGCUGGGGGAACGCGCCCGUGGUACGCACGGGUGCUCGGGAUGGCAGCGGCGGCCGCCACGGCGGCUGUGACAGUCAGCUCCGCGGCUACGCCAGUGGAAGAAGAGGGCCCCAGUGGAGAGGCAGAGUCGGCGGCGGCCCCUCAGCCGCAGGCACCAGCAGCUUCGAUUGGGCCCCGCUUGUCGCGGUUGCCUCUGGCGCGGGUGAAAGCGCUGGUGAAGGCAGACCCAGACGUGACGCUUGCGGGCCAGGAAGCCAUCUUCAUCCUGGCGCGAGCCGCGGAACUCUUUGUGGAAACUAUUGCAAGAGAUGCCUACUUCUGUGCCCAACAAGGGAAAAGGAAGACUCUCCAGAGGAAGGACCUGGAUAAUGCAAUAGAAGCUGUGGAUGAAUUUGCUUUUCUAGAAGGUGAGUUUUCUGCCAGGGGUAAACAUUUUUAUUCUUUUUAUUCUAUAUUAACAGUUUGAGCUCAGAAUCUCACAGUAUAGAAAACCAUCAGUAUGACUUUGCUCUUAUCUAUUGUAGGGAUUAAAUUUAUGGUCAGACUAAAUAUAAGACAAUGUGGUUGUUGAUUUUUAAAUUGAUACAGCUUAGGUCAAAAUGACCUUUUAGCAGCUUUAUUUACAAAAAGAGUGAAAACAGAGAAAUGUGAAAGAGGAUAGAGUAAGAAGUCUUUAUCUUAUUACCCUAAAUGUUGCUCUGGUCUCUGGCUCAACCCACAGAGGGCUUGGUGUUAAAUUUAGCAAGAGUUCUACCCACGAGGCCACCUCCAAGAAGGGGAAGCCUCUUAGGAACUAAACUCUUCAGAAGCCAGGAAAGGAGGGUCAGCUUUACAUCACUUCCUGUCCCUUCCUCCACUUUAUGGGGACCAAUUGCAGUCUUUAAAUUUGCUUAGCACUGCCCCUGGGGGGGGCAGUGUUUGUAGGUUCCACCUCUCAUCCUAUUCACAUGUUUCUGACUGAUUGAGUUGAAAGGGUGGAGCUCUCUAAGUGGCUUUUGAGUUCCCUCAUCUAGUGCCAAGUAGGAGUUGUUUAAGCUUUUGGUUGAUUAAAUUUAAAAGUAGGCAAAAUCAAUCCCAUCUUCACACUAUGAAAUGACUUCUAACUCUCCAGUUCCUUACUUAGAGAGUUGACACUUUGUGAAAAAUGCUAACACUGAGGAGUGAUGGGGGAUUGUGAAAGCCCACUGAAAAUAAGAAUUAAUUCUUAUUUAUUCCCCACCAUAUUAACUUUCUCCUAUUUCUAAUGUUAGAUGCAGAUAUGAUUACUAAUUUAAUAGUUUACAAGAAUCAUUGUCUAUUAGCCUACCUUUAUCCCUUUCAAGGAACAGUGGCAUUUAAAAUGAUUAUUUGGAGGCCAUUUAUUGGGAAUAUAUUUCUUAAUCUUAUCUAUUUGCCUUUGAUUGUGUUGCCCAUCUUCCUCUGAGAGGCAGCAUGGUAUUGUGAAUGGAUAGUGAGCCUGUCUUGGAGUUAGGGAGACCUGAUUUCACAUAAUACUUCUGAAACCCACUGGUUGUGUGAGCCUAGAUAAGUAAUUUAACUUGGGCCCCAGGGAAUUCCCUGGGACUGGGUUGCAGAGAAGGGAUUUGUCUGUACUGGAAGAGGAAAUUUCCUUAUCAGGAAUUUCCUGUAUUACUAAACUCAUAAGUACAGGCCCAUUCUACCUUAAAUAUUUGUACUCAGAAUAUUUAGGGACAAUUUUCUAUCUGCUUGUUUACACAAAGUAGACUGGAUGGGUUCAGGAAAUCACAGAUUCUUUUCCAGUGGAGACCCUAAAACAAAAGAGGGAUGACCUUCUAGCUGAAUGGGCUUUAGAAAAACUCUUUGUUUGGGUGGCUUGUGUGUAUUUUCUUUGCUCUGCUUGUGCUUCUGUCAUUGUAAUAUUAGCCCCUAUUAGAUCACGCUCACUGUUUCUUAGGGUGCAGUAACACUUCAUAACAUCAUCUGGCUCCUCUGUUUUGUUCUUGGCUCCCUUCUUUCAUUUGAUUCUUACAGUAAUUCUGUGGAGGGGUCCAGGAUGGGGUAAGGGGUAUGUGUCUGGUAUGUGACUGUUCUUCAACUCUGGUUCAUUCUUCUUGAGCCUCUUGCCCAUGGCACAACCCAUCCUUUUCUCUAGGAACUGUUUGUAUGUGUGCUCUUCAAAAACAUUUUUCUUUGUUCUUAAACACUGAUUCAUUUAGCAAACAUUUUAGUGACUGCUCAGACAUUGGGCCUAUGUGUUGUGGGAUUACAAAGAUGAUAAGACAUGGCUGGGACCUGUAGCUCAGUGCCUUUAUUGUCAAAGGCAAAGGCAAGUUUCUCUUUCCUUUAACUUUAGCUGGUUUGAAUAAUAUUAUACUUAAUUCUCUAUUGCCCUUUGUUUUUCCAGGAACUUUGGAUUGAGUUGCACGAGUUCUGCAGAUCCUGGAGUCUCUUCUUGAAUCCCUGUGUUCUUCUACCUGCGCGCCAGCAGGUCUCAACUGUUUCUGAAUGUUGUCCUACACAGACUGUUUCUUAGGGGAGCAUUUUAUGUUAUUCCAGUCCACUGCUCUAUUUCCUGUUACCCAUGUAAUCUUUGAAAGGCUAUCAACCCAAGAAUGGGCUGGUCUGUGAUGUCAGCUCUUGGCUUUUCUUGUCACAAGUCUCACCACUGCCUGUGUCUUCUGGUGAUGGGCUUGGUUCCACACCUGAUCCCUGUGGAGAGAAUAAUGAAGAAAUUUUUUCUUGGUAGAGAGGCCUUAUGAAAAAUAAAGCACAAAAUAAAGAUGUUUGGACUAACAUGCA